AUGAAACUUGCCACCAUGAUACAGUUCGAGUACAGGGAGAUCGAGCAGAGGCACAACGCGGAGACGGGAGGCCAGGCGCUACGAAGCUCGACUCCGUGCGGCACAGUGACGUCAAGCGAGGCGAAGCACCGCCAGGGACGGCGACAGCUUGGAUGGGCAAAUGGCGCAGAAGACCUCCGAAUAGAACAAAGCAGAGCAGACCAGCGCAGAGAAGGAGGCGACGGACAGCAGACCACCAAGCGUCUAUUGCAGAUGACGCCAGAGACGGAUGACGACGACGGACCGACGCAGGAGACGGCAGAGGACGCGAUCUCUAGAGAGCAACUUAGGGUUUUUUUUCUUGGGAUAAAAUCUUUUGCUUCUUACCAUCCUCACACAGGUUCUAACCUCACACAUAUUGCAACACUUUUUAAAUCACGGUUUGUUACAAGGCCACAAGAUAUUGCUAACUACAACAAAAAUGGCAAAGACUACACAAGGGUUAACGUUCCAUUCCCUUGUGAAUGCAUCAAUGGUGAGUUUCUUGGCUACAAAUUCCAAUAUUCGGUUUCGAGUGGUGACACCUAUGAAUCCAUUGCCAAGAAGAAUUUUUCCAACUUGGUCACUGCUGAGUGGUUGAGAUCCUUUAACAGCUAUUCAAUAUAUGAAAUUCCUGAGACCGGAACAGUUAAUGUCACAGUUAACUGUUCCUGUGGGGACAGAUAUGUUAGCAAGGAUUAUGGUUUGUUCAUCACAUACCCUCUUAGGCCUGAGGAUCCCCUGGAGUCAAUUGCAAACCAGACAAAGCUUGAUCCUUUGUUGCUGCUGAGAUACAGUCCUGGUGUGAAUUUCAGCCAAGGGAGUUGCCUUGUUUAUGUUCCUGGGAAAGAUGUAAAUGGUAACUAUGUGCCUUUUUACCCAAGGUAUUUUGUUUUAUUUUUAUUUAACCUAACUCUGUCUAUGCUAUUUGAACAGGAAGAUGAAUAACCUUUUUUCUUCUCUAAUAAUCUGCUAGUGCUAAUCUUGAUGAGUGUGUUUUUGUUUUACUUUUCAGCACUAGAGGUAUGACAUUUUCUCUGAGCAGAAAGUAGUACUAUUUUGAGAAUUGAUUACACAUGAGCUUGAUAUCAAUACCAGAUCCAGGGUAAGGAUAUAUUGUUCUUCAAUCUUC